UGCCCGUUUUAGCCAACAGAUUAGCGCGGUCUUAAAAUAAAUCACCUAGCAACAGAAGGCGGGUUCACAUAGCCCCUCCCAUUUUUUGUUACACGUCACACUUUCCGGAAGGCGCGCUUUAUGUCCUUUAGCGCUGGGGUAGUGGACGCGGGAUAGGCCAGAUUGAAAAUGAUGGAUCCUUUGGACAACGGUCUCUUCGACUUACCAGACUAUGAGCACACAGAAGAUGAGAAUUUUCCACCUUUGCCUCCACCGCACUCGCCAGGAGCUGAUGAUGAAGCAGAUGAUGUGGCAAAUGGAGACGACUGGACAGAGAAUGCUGGACAGACACAGAGAGAGGAAGCCCCAAAACCUGCCAGACGGGUAGUAAAAAGACCCCAGCCUAAACUGGACGGACAAAGGCUUGCCUCGCAGCGUGGAUUGCCAGCCUUGCGGCAUAUGUUUGAUGAUGUUAAAUUUAAAGGGAAAGGCCAUGAGACAGAAGACCUAAAGAUCCUGCUCAGACAGAUGGAGAACUGGGCGCACAGACUGUUCCCUAAGCUACAGUUUGAAGACUUUUUGAACCGACUUGAAUCGAUGGGAAACAAAAAAGAAGUGCAGACUUGUUUAAAGAAGAUCCGUAUGGACCUCCCCAUUGUACAUGAUGAUUUUCUCAGUGAAGAAGUUGUAGUUCAGACAGAGGAUCACGCCAUAGACAUGCCCUCUGAAGACUUCUCUUUUCCCGACGAGCUCCAUGUUCCUUCUCAGUCACAGCCUGUUAAGGUGGAUCUGAGUGAGGAGACUCUGCAGCGGAUUGAGAGGAAUCGGCGCUUGGCUUUGGAGAGGAGGAUGGAGAAGAUGCAAGCCCAAGCAGAGAGUCAGGCUCUGUCUCAGGCAACUCAGUCUGAUCCCAAUGAAAUUCCUGAUGAUGCUUUUGAUGCAGAAAUGCUAGAUGCUGUUGAGAGCAUGACGGGCAUCCUCACAGCCUCACAGUCUCCACCUCAUGUUGAUAAAGACUUGUCUCUUGUUCUACAUAGUCACGACCUGCCUGUGCAAGACGUCAGCCAGUCCCCUGCACCAUGUCCCAAACCACAGGGUGAUGCCCCGUCAGAGAAAGCACUCGGUCUUGUUCAUUCUGCUCUCCCUUCAACCUCUGACCCUACCUCACCAAGAAAGCCUCUUACAGAACAAUUGCCUGAUGAUUCAGAUGCAGAUACUUCAAGUGCCACGCCUCACACUGAAGCCCCUGCUUGUGCAAACACUAAAGAAGAAUAUUGAAUGUAAUAGAUCAUCAUUAUGCUGUUUUUGUUAUCCAAUAAACCAUUUUAUUUAAUCAGA